AAAUUUUAGUAUUUUAUAAAUAAAUAUAAAAAAUAAUUAUUAAAUUUAUUAUUACAUAAAAAAUUUGUAGUGCUUUUAUAAAUCCCCAAAAUAAAACUCUUUGUAACUGCGCGCGAAAUCGGUUCCGGUAAUGAUGGACCAAAAUUUUGGCAACCAAAUCAUCUUACGAUCUUCAUCUAACAAAAUGCCGAUCCCAUCGCAACUUUUUGCUCAUUUGCACUUGCUUCGCAGUUGGACUAUUUUGAUUGAGCCCAUUGCGGUAUUCGCCCAUUACUCGUCAGACCUUUCUUCCUCUCUGCUCUUUCUCGCUCCUCACAGUCACCGAAAUCUCUAAACAGAGCUUUUCCCAGAGAGGUCAGGGUUUCUGGUGAUCUUGGAGAUGUUUCUCACGAGGACUGAAUAUGAUCGAGGGGUCAACACCUUCUCGCCUGAGGGAAGGUUGCUUCAGGUUGAGUAUGCAAUAGAGGCUAUAAAGCUUGGUGCGACUGCUAUUGGAAUAAAGACGAAGCAAGGAGUCGUGCUCGCGGUUGAGAAGCGCUUGCCAUCACCUCUACUGGAGCCAAGCAGUGUAGAGAAAAUAAUGGAGAUCGAUGAGCACAUUGGAUGUGCUAUGAGUGGUUUUAUAGCUGAUGCCCGCACACUCGUUGAGCAUGCAAGAGUUGAAACACAGAAUCACAGGUUUUCCUAUGGUGAGCCAAUGACUGUUGAGUCUACUACCCAAGCGCUUUGUGAUCAUGCUAUUCGAUUUGGUGAGGGCGAAGAAGAAUCUAUGUCACGCCCUUUUGGAGUCUCACUUCUGAUUGCUGGUCAUGAUGAGCAUGGGCCUAGUUUAUUCCAUACAGACCCUUCAGGUACAUUUUGGCAGUGCAGUGCUAAAGCUAUAGGCUCUGGCUCGGAAGGAGCCGACAGCUGCUUGCAAAAGCAGUAUAACAAGGAUAUGACUCUUCAAGAAGCUGAAACAGUUGCUCUUUCCAUCCUGAAGCAAGUCAUGGAGGAAAAGGUGACACCGAAAAAUGUUGAUAUUGCAAAGGUUGCUCCGACUUACCACCUCUACUCUCCCACUGAGGUAUGCAACUUUGUGGAAUUCCAAAAGAACUCUGUCGGCUAAUGAACGAGCUUGCGGGUAUGCAUAGAAAACGAAGAAUCUUCAAUCCAGGAGGAUUGCUUAUGGUUUCUACACCGACUACCCUAUUGAUGACGAGUCUCGACGGAGUCGAGCUCUUUUGACGUAAGGAGAGUAUGAUGUGGAAUAUCAUUAGCUAAAUAAGCCCUUAGGAAUAGUUUAUUAGUUUGUUAAAUAUUCUCUAGAAUCUUCUAUUACAUUUAUAUAUAUACAAGUAUUGUAGUAGGCAGAGAAAAAAAUAAUAUUAUA